GAGGAAAUAAUGCUGAAUGAAUCAGGGGGGCAGGCAGGCAGGCAGGCGUUCUGCGCUGACACAGUGGACUCUGAACCAAUUCCUAGCUGCUAGCUAGAUGGAUGACACGGGGACCCAAGACAUCUCGGUUCAGUAAGAACAGAGGUUCUUGAUGCUCGAUUUACACGAUUCAUCUUGGUAUUUUGUACCCAUAUGAUGGAACGGGCGAUGGAGCAGUUAAAUGUACAGCUGAAUCGGCUGACUCGUUCACUACGCCGCGCCAGGACUGUGGAACUCCCGGAAGACAAUGAGACAGCAGUAUAUACCCUUAUGCCCAUGGUGAUGGCUGAUCAACACAGAUCAGUAUCAGAAUUGCUCCUGAAUUCCAAGUUUGAUGUCAACUAUGCCUUUGGUCGAGUGAAGAGAAGUCUACUUCAUAUUGCUGCAAACUGUGGAUCAGUGGAGUGCCUAGUCCUGCUGCUGAAGAGAGGAGCCAACCCAAACUAUCAGGACAUAUCCGGCUGUACCCCUCUUCACCUGGCUGCCAGGAAUGGACAGAAGAAAUGUAUGGGACGGCUGCUGGAAUACAAUGCAGAUGUCAACAUUUGCAACAACGAGGGACUAACUGCUAUCCACUGGCUAGCUGUAAAUGGCCGGACUGAGUUGCUGCACGACCUGGUGCAGCACGUGACCAACGUGGAUGUAGAGGAUGCCAUGGGCCAGACCGCAUUACACGUGGCCUGCCAGAACGGACACAAGACUACGGUUCUGUGCCUGCUGGACAGUGGGGCAGACAUCAACAGGCCCAAUGUAUCUGGAGCGACUCCUCUUUACUUCGCCUGCAGUCAUGGACAGAGGGACACUGCACAGAUUCUGCUCUCCAGAGGGGCCAAGUAUCUGGCAGACAAGAAUGGGGUCACACCACUGGACCUGUGUGUGCAGGGUGGCUAUGGAGAGACCUGUGAGAUUCUCAUUCAGCACCAUGGCAGACUCUUUCAGACCCUCAUCCAGAUGACCCAGAACGACGAGCUCAAAGAGAGCAUGCUCAGGCAGGUUCUGGAACACGUCUCUCAGCAGAGUGACUCUCACUACCAACGCAUCCUUAUCAGCCUGGCUGAGGUUGCCACCACCAAUGGACACAAGCUACUCAGUUUGUCCAGUAGCUACGAGGCCCAGAUGAAGAGCCUACUGCGGAUUGUACGCAUCUUCUGUCACGUCUUCCGUCUUGGCCCGUCCUCUCCCAACAACGGCAACGACAUGGGCUACAACGGCAACAAGACGCCCCGCAGCCAGGUCUUCAAGGUCAGCAAGCAACAGGGAGCUAACAUGUGGAGGGCGGACGUCAUACGAGCACAGAGAGUCAGGCAUGCAGUAGACGUUCAGCAGGCACAGAGCAGUCCUCCUCAUGCAGACACGAGGACAUGGGCAGGAGCGUAUGUAAAGCCUCUGGAGCUGCUGUGGCACUCCUUGGAUGAGUGGCUGGUGCUCAUCUCCACUGAGAUGGAGCGGAAUUGCCGUGACCCAUCCUCCGCCGCCGCAUCCGGAAGCGACAUCGCCUCCCUCCUGAUGAAGCAACGUGAGAUUGAGCCUCACCUCUCUUCCUCCUCCUCCUCUCCCUCUGCCUCCCCGCCCCCCUCCGUCACCACGGAAACAGCCGAGUUGCCCACGGUGAUGUCCCUCCACUCCUCCCUGGAUGAGGUGGUGGAGAACCCGCCGGAGGUGUGCGCUGACGGCCAGGAUGUCAUUGCAAAGACGGCGAACCGCCUCAGCGCCGUCAUCCAGGCCUUCUACAUGUGCUGCUCCUGUCAAAUGCCUCAAGGGAUGACCUCUCCACACUUCAUUGAGUUUGUGUGUAGACAUGACGAGGUUCUGAAGUGUUUUGUAACGAGGAAUCCCAAGAUCAUCUUUAACCACUUUCACUUCCUGUUAGAAUGUCCAGAACUUAUGUCCCGCUUUAUGCACAUAAUCAAGGGCCAGCCCUUUAAGGACCGCUGCGAGUGGUUCUACGAGCACCUGCUAGCUGGGCAGCCGGACUCGGACAUGGUGCACCGGCCGGUCAACGAGAACGACAUCCUGCUAAUCCACAGAGACGCCAUCUUCCGCAGCAGCUGUGAGGUGGUGUCCAAGUCCAACAACGAGAAGCUGAAGCAGGGCAUCGCCGUGCGUUUCCAUGGCGAGGAGGGAAUGGGUCAAGGCGUGGUGAGAGAGUGGUUCGACAUCCUGUCCAAUGAGAUCAUCAAUCCUGACUAUGGUCUCUUCACACAGUCUGCUGAUGGCACAACAUUUCAGCCCAACAGUAACUCCUCUGUAAAUCCAGACCAUCUGAACUACUUCAGUUUUGCUGGUCAGAUUUUGGGUCUGGCUCUCUACCAUCAUCAGCUAGUUAACAUCUACUUUACCCGGUCCUUCUACAAACACAUACUAGGCAUCCCGGUGAACUACCAGGACGUGGCGUCCAUCGACCCUGAGUACGCAAAGAACCUGCAGUGGAUCCUGGACAACGACAUCAGCGACCUGGGGCUGGAGCUCACCUUCUCCGUGGAGACGGACGCGUUCGGGGCCCUGGAGGAGAUGCCACUCAAACCAGGCGGCACCAGCAUCCUGGUUACCCAGGACAACAAGGCGGAGUAUGUACAGCUGGUGACAGAGCUGAGAAUGACUCGAGCGAUCCAGCCCCAGAUCAACGCCUUCCUGAAGGGCUUUCACACCUUCAUCCCCCCCGCCCUCAUCCAGCUUUUCGACGAGUAUGAGCUGGAGCUGCUACUCUCUGGGAUGCCAGAGAUCGAUGUAAUGGACUGGACUAGAAACACAGAGUACACCAGUGGCUAUGACCUGCAAGAGCCUGUUAUCCAGUGGUUUUGGGAAGCGGUGCAGAACUUCACCCAGGAAGAGAGAGUGCUCCUGUUGCAGUUUGUGACUGGCAGCUCCAGGGUUCCUCACGGAGGCUUUGCAUAUCUCAUGGGGGGGAGCGGAUUACAGAAGUUCACCAUCGCCGCCGUGCCCUUCACCUCUAACCUACUGCCUACCGCCAGCACCUGCAUCAACAUGCUGAAACUCCCAGAAUACCCCAGCCAGGAAGUGCUCCGUGACCGGCUGCUGGUGGCCCUUCACUGUGGGAGCUACGGCUACACCAUGGCAUAAGGAUGGCCCGACUGCUGCCGGCUCUGUCUGUCUGUUUGUGUGUGUGUGUUAGAGAGAAUGUAUUGAGAGUGAAAUGCAAGUGUGUGUAUGUGUGUUUGUGAGUAUGUAUGAGAGAGUGG